GCGGUUGCUUCUCGGCUCCCGGCCGUGCCGCGGCGCGGCAAAAAAGCUCGCGCCCGCGCAUUGCGACGACGACGACGACACGUCGACGCACAGCUCGAGCAGCUCCUCCGCCAGUUUAUCGCGACCAGGCAUUCGAUCUACUUCUCAGCGCGUCGUACGGUUGGAUUUUUGUUUGUUCCGUUUUAUUUUUCCGCGAGAGCAAGAAUCGCGUGAAUCAUGAGGUGCCUGCUCGCAGCUGCACUGCUAAUUGCCGCCACGGCUGACUACGCUCAGGCUACCACGUUCACGAUAACGGAUCAAGUCUAUUUCGACAUCAUGAUCGGCGACAAUCCCGCGGGUCGCAUAGUCCUGGGUCUCUUCGGCGAAGACGCCCCCAAGACCGUCGAGAACUUCCUGAAACUGGCCACCGAGGGAAUCAAGGGCCGGACCUACGCUGGCUCCAAGUUCCACCGAGUCAUUAAGAAGUUCAUGAUUCAAGGCGGAGACAUCGAGAAGGGAGACGGCACAGGCUCGAUCAGCAUCUGGGGCAAGUACUUCGACGACGAGAACUUCAAGAUCAACCAUUCGGGCCCGGGCUUUCUGAGCAUGGCCAACGCCGGUAAGAAUACCAACGGCUGCCAGUUCUUCAUCACGACCAUCGCUACUCCUUGGCUCGACGGCGCCCACACCGUCUUCGGAAAGGUGAUCGAGGGUCUGGACGUGGUCUUCAAGAUCGAGCAGACGAAGACGGACGUGGACGACAAGCCGAUUACGCCGGUCUACAUCCUCGAGUCCGGCUCGAUCCCGACGCCCAAGGCCUUCACCGUCUCCGACAACCCCUACGAUUUAUGGGCAUGGCUGAAAGCAACUGCGAUCCCUUUAAGUUUUAGCUUCUCCGUACUCGGAUUUUUUCACUGGAUGAUGAAGCAAUUGGACGUCUGAAUGAUGAUAAUGUGUGUAAUUUUUCAAGGCUGUAAGUGUAAAUUUAAGUUUGAUUGUGAAUUAACAAAAUGCACACAAAUUGUAUACAGAAUCUUCAUAUACUGCAAAAUAUUAAUAAAUAAAUUUCGUAUAAAACUA